AUGCUCUCUCCAAAAAGAGGCAGUCACGACUACCAUGCUCCGGUCCACUCGGAAGAGCGCUUACGCUUCGACGAGCGCAUCACCCACAUGGGCUGUAGUUUGAAAUGGGAGCAUCUAUCCGGUACGGAGGAUCAUUUGGGCAUUACUUCCCGCGGACGUGGGAAGGGAUUCGGAGGGGCAGCGCAUAAGAAGACGGCAAAUGGAAAUGGCAGAGGGUCAAAGACUAUGGCAGGAGGCUUUACUGAUGUAGCAGGCCAUAAAAGUGGAAGUCCUCAACUUGUUGGAGAAGAGCAGAGCGCGGCUGCGCCCUCUAAAUCCGAUGUCUUCUUAAGUUUAUUCAACGAUGAUCCAGAAGAGGGACAUAAAAAUCAUCAGGAAGGAGAUACCUCUGACACCGAUCCAGCCACACGUCUUACAGGUGCUCGUCUUACAUUGUGCUCGUCUGGGAACAAUACUUUGAACACUUCUCAAGUCCGCCUAAGACCAAUUUUCCGUCAGCAGAAUAUCAAGCGUUUUCACGCAGGGAGACAACAGCCAAUUGAAGCUGAGGUAGUGUUACCCUAUGAGGCGGCGGAUAGUGUUGUGAAGCGUGUGGAGAAGGGUUUGUUUGGUGGGGAGGAGGAGAAGACAGCCGACAAUGCUGGUGAUGGGGAGACUUUGGAACGUUAUCUGCGCCAACCUUGGUCCCCCAAAGAAGUGAUGUUUCGACCUGCUUUGGUAUCGACGAAAAAAAAAGCGAAAAAGAAGAUGAAACAGCACAAGCAGCAGAACGUUAAUAAGGAGGUGAAUUUUAUUGCGGAACCUUCAGCACAAGUCCAACAGCUUUUGUCCUCUUCCUCCAGUGAAGAAGAACAGCCUUAUCUUUUCAUCACGGGCGUCCGUGAAGCGAACCUACUCGGCGAGAAGAAGCAUUUCCCUUACAGGAUUGACAAGAUCAAUGAGAGCAGGUUGAAGCACAAUCAGCGUGUGAUGUUUUCGAGGGAAAGAAGUCCGAGAAAACUGAAUAUCUUAGGCCCAACAAGACUGGGUGAUCGGUAUGGCAGUCCGCGCAUGUCUGCCAAAGUUCAAGCCGAACCGGAUGUACGACAUAUGCUGAGACUGGAGGAGAAACUAGACUUCGACAACACUUUCGGGGUGGGAAGGAAAAACGUGCCUGACGCUACUAGUAGUAUUAAGGGUGGUACUAGAAAAACCACUUCAGUAGCUACUCCUGUGGGAGAUGAAGAAGCAGGAGUUGAACAAGCCGUCGGACAGCAAGUUACGGGUGCAGAUGACACACCAACUCUUGUGCAGAAAGACAAUCUCAAUCAAACUUCCGAGUUUCCUUCUUCCUCCUUUGUUCCACACCAGAAAAAGAAAACCACCAAGACAUUGCGUCCGCUUUACCAAAGGUUACCCGUAAACUGUGGCGCAUAUGUGGAGCUCGCUGCCAGGAAUGCGAAUGGAGCUUCUAGAACGAUGUAUCGAGUCAGAAAAGAUCCGCCUCCUACGAUUUCUCGUUUAGAAGCAGAGUUCAGCAUUGAAGAAUACCUAGCGAAGCUAAAGCAAGACUGA